AUGGGCAUUUCUACAGCACCGGACGAAUACCAAGCCUGCAUGGAGAAGAUUUUUGGCGAUCUGGCUUUUGUCGUAGUCUAUUUGGAUGAUAUACUCGUCUACUCCGAUAGUGAAGAGACGCACCUAGAGCACCUACACAUUGUGUUCAAGCGACUAACCAAGUAUGGGGUAACUCUCAACGGAAAGAAGUGCCACAUCCUCAGACAGUCCGUCGACUAUCUCGGCUUUACGCUGACAUCUCAAGGGAUCCAGCCCCAACAAAAGAAGAUUCAAGCCAUCCAACAAAUUUCCGUCCCCAAAACCAGGAAGGAACUACGCCGCUUCCUCGGAAUGAUUAAUUACUAUAGAGAUAUGGUACCCAACAAGACGGCAUUGUGCCAACCUCUCAACCGAUUCACCAGCUCCAAAGUCCCGUUCGACUGGUUGUCUAGCGACACGGAAGCAUUUCACGCUAUCCAGAAAGCGUUUGCCCAAGCCGUACUGCUCGCGUUUCCUGACUUUGAGCAACCAUUUCACGUCUACGCCGAUGCCAGCGGAAAGCAAAUCGGUGGCAUCAUUAUGCAGAAGAACCAGAUUCUCGCCUGCUAUUCCCGAAGUCUCAACAAGCAUCAAGUGAAUUACACAACGAUGGAGCUUGAGCUCCUCUCUAUCGUUGAAAUGCUGCGCGAAUACCGCACCAUGCUGCUCGGGUUCCCUGUGGUUGUUCACACCGACCAUAAGAACCUAAUUUAUCCGACCGAAACCAGCCUGCGCGUUAAGCGCUGGAAGCUCCUGUUGGCUGAGUACAGGCUAUCGAUGCAUUACAUCAAGGGAACCAAGAAUGUUGGUGCUGAUGCGUUUUCCCGGAUGAGAUUCGAUGCGAUGAACACGAAGACUCAUUUGCAGCUCGCGGACGAGAUAUGCGCUACCGCUGAUGAACCAGAUUGUGUCAUGCAUGGUCCGGUUCUUCGCGAACAUCAAGAUAAGGACUUGAUGAUUCAAAAAAUCAAGACAGCUUGCCUCAACGGCAACAACAAUCCUGACUAUCAGCUUCUACCUCUACUCGGCUGCACGCUGGUCGCGUACCAAAAGCGCGUCAUCGUGCCCGAUAGCUUGCGAGAAGAUCUCAUUCGUUGGUAUCAUUUAACGCUCAGUCACCCUGGCGGUGAACGACAGUACAAGACAAUGAGGCAGGUUCUCUACUGGCCCGGAAUGGAAGCCGCGAUCAUCAAGAAUGCGAAAGAUUGUCUAAUUUGCAAGAAGGCAAAGGUCCACGGAGGCAAGCAGGACUAUGGAUUACUACCACCACGAACACUCAAGACGGUGAACCCCUUUGACACCGUUCAUGUCGAUCUCAUUGGUCCCUACGAAGACGGACACUACGGUAUUACCAUGAUUGACCAUGCGACGCGUUGGCUGGAAGUGGGUAUUCAGCACGACAAAACUUCGCUGACCACAGCCGAAAGCUUCGAUCGUGAAUGGCUGUGCCGCUACCCGCGUCCUGUAACGGUUAUACACGACCUAGGAACGGAAUUCACUGGUGAUGAGUUUCAAGAAUUGCUCCGCAGCUACGGGAUACAAGCCAAGCCUAUAACAAGCAAGAACCCUCAAGCUAACGCUAUUUGUGAACGCGUUCACCUCGAGAUUUUAAAUGUCAUCAGGUGCCACGAUGGCACUGACUGGAAGAAAACCAUUCACUACGCUGCAUUCGCCGUGCGAGCAAGCUACCACAGCAUUCUUAAUGCUUCCCCAGGUCAACUACUCUUCGGUCAAGAUAUGAUCACUCGUCAGCUUUAUAACGCCAACUGGAGCUAUCUAUCGAAGCGUCGUUUUGAUGCAAUUCUCGCCGACAAUGACCGCGAGAAUAGCAAACGCCUCGAGCAUUUCUACAAUACGGGAGACCAUGUGAUGUUACGCGUCCCCAAGAAGUUCCGUGCAAAAUUGCACGCAGUGGCAACCGGACCUUUUGUUAUCCGCCAAGUUCACAGCAACGGCACUGUGACCAUCGACAAGGGAGCAAUGGCAGAACGUGUGAGCAUCCGCCGCAUUUUUCCGUGCUAA